AUGGUGAAGAAAAACAAAAGUCGUAAAAUAAAAAUGGUGAAAAUGAAAAAUGAAACUAGUCUUCAAGAUACUUUUUCAAAAAGAAGAUCUGAGCUUUUCAAAAAGACUAGUGAGCUUUCUACACUCUGUGGUGCCAAAAUCGCCAUUAUCGUUUACUUACCUGGACGAAAAGCUUUUUCUUUUGAUCAUCCAAAUGUUGAAACCAUAAUUGAUAGAUUUUUAAACAACAAUUCUCCUCCUCCUCACCAACCAAACAACUUGCAACCCAGUGAAGCCCAUCAAAAUUAUAUCAUUCAGGAUCUGAAUAAUCAUCUUACUCAGGUGAUGAAUCAAUUAGAAUCUGAGAAAGAAAAAAAGAAUGAAGAGCUUAAGAAAAUAAGAGAAAAUUCUAAAAUGCCUGAAAAUUGGCGGGAAAAACCCAUUGAAGGACUUGACUUAGCUCAAGCCUAUAAAUUUAAAGGUAUGCUUGAAAUUUUGAAAAAGAAAUGUUACAUUUGA